AGUGAAAGCGGAGCAAGGAGGCCACGCCGCAGUAACCUCCCCCUUCGCAAAUUUAAGAUGGCGGACGCAAAGACCGAAGCAAAUGGAACACAUGGUACUGAUGAUGCUGGAAGUCCGAUUAAACGAACACGAUCAUUCACUGAGGAGCUUGGAACAAACUUAGUUUUCAAUGUUAAUAAGGAACAAUCUAACGAUGCUCAUGUUAAUUCUAUGGAGCAGUACAAUAAGUUGUACGAAGAAUCUGUUAAAACACCUGAUGUUUUCUGGACCAAAAUAGCUGAUGAUUUUUAUUGGAAAGAAAAAUGGCAAGGGGAAUUCAUGGAUUAUAAUUUUGACAUGAAUAAGGGUGAUGUUUUUGUCAAAUUUAUGGAAGGUGCAAAGACAAAUAUCUGUUAUAAUGUACUGGAUCGCAUUGCUAAUGACAAAAAUCUUGGUGACAAAGUUGCAUUUUAUUGGGAAGGUAAUGAACCUGAGAACAAAAUGAAUAUUACUUAUUCUCAAUUGCUGACCAAAGUAUGCAAAUUCUCCAAUGUACUCAAAUCAAAAGGCGUGAAAAAAGGUGACAGAAUUGCCAUAUAUAUGCCAAUGAUUAUUGAAUUAGUUAUUGCCAUGCUGGCUUGUGCAAGAAUCGGUGCAAUUCAUUCAAUCAUUUUUGCAGGUUUUUCAGCUGAUUCUUUGGCAGAUAGAAUGUUGGAUGGAAAGUGCUCUAUGCUUAUUACUGCAGAUGGAAGUUGUAGAGGUCCUAAAGUUAUUGAUUUAAAAACUGUUGCUGAUAACGCAUUGGCAGAAUGUAGAGAAAAAGGACUGGAUAUUAAAAUAAGCAUUGUAGUUAAAAAUGUGACUAAAGAUACAGAUGAAAAAGUUGAUGGAAGAUCUCCAACGACAAAAAGGCAGAAAUUAUUAAAUGUGCCGUGGAACAAUGAUGUUGAUAUGUGGUGGCAUGAUGUCAUGAAGGAUGCUAAAGUGGAGUGUGAGUGUGAGUGGAUGGAUGCAGAAGACCCACUGUUUAUACUCUACACUAGUGGCUCCACUGGCAAGCCAAAAGGUGUUUUGCACACAACUGGAGGAUAUAUGUUAUACGCUGCUACCACUUUCAAAUACACAUUUGAUUAUCAUGAUGAUGAUGUCUAUUGGUGUACAGCAGAUAUUGGUUGGAUCACUGGACAUUCUUAUAUAGUAUAUGGACCAAUGGCAAAUGGGGCUACUGGAGUGAUGUUUGAAGGUACGCCCGUGUACCCUGAUGCUGGCAGAUUGUGGGAAGUUUGUGAAAAAUACAAAGUUACUAAAUUUUAUACUGCGCCAACAGCUAUCAGAAUGUUGAUGAAAUUUGGUACUGAGAUUGUUAAAAAGUAUGAUCGAUCCAGCCUAAAAGUGUUGGGUACAGUUGGGGAGCCGAUUAAUCCUGAAGCCUGGUUAUGGUACUACAAGGUUGUUGGUGAGGAGAGAUGUGUAAUUGUUGAUACUUUCUGGCAAACUGAGACUGGCGGUCAUAUGAUUACUGGAAUGCCCGGAGCGACUCCAAUGAAACCAGGUUCUGCUAGUUUACCUUUCUUUGGAGCAGUACCAGCUAUUGUUGAUGAAGAUGGUAAAGAAUUGACUAAUGUUGAAGUUGACCAAGGCUUCUUAGUUUUCAAGCAACCUUGGCCGGGAAUGAUGCGAACACUGUACAACAAUCACACAAGAUUUCAAAGCAGUUAUUUCGAACGAUUUAAAGGAUAUUACUGUGCUGGCGAUGGGUGCUACCGCGAUGCUGACGGUUUCUAUUGGAUCACAGGCCGUAUUGACGACUUGAUGAAUGUUUCGGGACAUCUUUUGAGUACUGCUCAAAUUGAAAGUGCCCUGAUCGAGCACUCCUCCGUUGCUGAAACUGCUGUAGUUGGGUAUCCUCAUCCUGUGAAAGGCAAUGGAGUGUACUGUUUCGUAACUUUAAAGAAUGGCGUCCGUUUUUGUGACGCGCUGGUUGGUGAAUUACGAACUAAAGUUCGCAACCGUAUUGGACCAAUUGCUAAUCCGGAUAUUAUCCAGAAUGCACCCGGGUUGCCAAAAACUAGGUCUGGGAAAAUUAUGCGUCGAAUUCUUCGAAAGAUAGCGUCCGAUGAUCGAAAUAUUGGUGAUACUACCACCUUGGCCGAUCCGAAUGUAGUGGACGAGUUGUUCAAAAAUAAGCCUGAGCUCUCCUAAAAUUAGGUGUGCUUGAAAACUUUUAUUUCAUUAGUGUCAAGACGGAAUUAAAAGGCUAGAAAUUUGCACUUUUUUAAACUCCUCACCAAUUUUUGUUAUUACCUAAACAACCUGACAUUUAUAUUUGUAAAAAUGAUAUUUUGGAAUUCCGACAAUAAUUAAAUAAUUCUUAGCACUUUUUCAUAUAUGGGUUUCUAGAAACGCUUUUUUUCAUUUUUUGUAAUUUAUCCCAUAUUUUGUUUUGGGAUAAUGACUUGGAAUUGUAAUUUAUUAAUAAUGCGACAUGAUGACGUACUAAAUGUCUGAAGUGUUUUCCUUUGAAUAUUCUCGACGAUAAUAUAAAAAGAUACAAGAAAA